AUGUUACUUGACAGGUUGGUGUUCAACUCGACAACGGGUAUGUCGUCGGAUAUGCCAGGAGUGGACAUUCGAGUUCCAGGUUUUGGAGGCACGAGUACAGUAGAGUGGCUUGACCCAAGCAAGGCAUCUCAGGGGCUUUACUUCUUCACAAUCGUGGAUAUGAUGGUCUCAUGGGGUUACAGCCGCGGGAAAAACGUUAUAGGAGCACCAUUCGACUUUAGAAAAUCACCCAAUGAGCUGCAUAUCUAUUUCGAUCUUCUGAAAGUCACUAUUGAGACCACUUACCGCUACAACGAUAACCAAAAAGUGGUUAUCCUGGGUCAUAGCAUGGGUAAUCCACUGAUGCUUUACUUCUACAACCAUUUCGUUGAUCAGGCAUGGAAAGACAAAUUUAUCGAGUCACACAUCUCACUGGCCGGUGCUUGGGGUGGCGCAAUGCAACUUAUUCGACUUUUUGCCUCUGGAUACAACAUGGACUAUUUCAGAGUGUUUUUACCACCUAGUCGACUGAGAGGAAUGCAGAGGUCCUUUACUUCUUCCGCGUUUCUCUUCCCCAGUAAAGCCGUCUGGAAUGACACUGAUGUUCUUGCCAGUACAUUCGAGAAGAAUUAUACGAUGGCCGACGUACAAGAAUUCUUCCAUGAUAUCGGCUAUCCUAUCGGUUGGGAGCAGUACAAGGUCCACUGCCUCUACGGUACAGGAGUACCUACACCAGAACAAUUCAGCUGGGGCAAAGGUUAUUUUCCGGAUUAUCAGCCAUCCGUAACGUAUGGGGAUGGUGACGGCACGGUAAAUCGAAUUUCAGCAGAGGUUUUCGUUCACGAAAUUCCUAACGCUGAACAUAUGGCAAUUCUACAAAGUCCGCCAGCUAUUGAAAUCAUUCGUAAAGCUAUCUAUGGUCUUUUAUGA